CUUUCUCCUUUAUACGGCAGCAUUGGUGUAAACUGCUGAUAGAGAAGGUCGAUGUAAUUUAGACGUACAGAUUUUGUUAACGUUUCAACAAAAUGGCAGAGAUUAAGUCACGUCGCGUUGCACAAACCGAGGAUUUAUCCAACGUCGAAUUUGAAACCAGUGAAGAUGUCGAAGUUAUUCCUACCUUUGAUAGCAUGGGUCUCCGCGAUGAAUUGUUGCGCGGGAUCUACGCGUAUGGCUUUGAAAAACCUUCCGCUAUUCAGCAACGGUCCAUUAAACCCAUUAUGAAAGGCAGAGAUGUAAUAGCUCAAGCCCAAUCGGGUACGGGAAAAACUGCCACCUUUUCUAUUGCAAUAUUGCAAUCAUUGGAUACACAAGUGAGAGAAACUCAAGUUCUCGUAUUAUCUCCAACUCGAGAACUCGCAACACAGAUUCAGAAGGUUAUUCUUGCCUUGGGAGACUUUAUGAAUGUACAAUGUCAUGCUUGUAUUGGUGGUACAAAUCUUGGAGAAGAUAUCAGAAAGCUUGACUAUGGACAACAUGUUGUAUCAGGUACACCAGGUCGUGUAUUUGAUAUGAUUAAAAGGCGUGUACUUAGAACACGAGCUAUAAAAAUGUUGGUGUUGGAUGAAUCAGACGAAAUGUUGAAUAAAGGAUUCAAAGAACAAAUUUAUGAUGUAUAUCGAUAUUUACCACCAGCAACACAAGUUGUCCUAGUAUCAGCUACGUUACCACAUGAGAUUUUAGAAAUGACAAGUAAAUUCAUGACAGAUCCUAUCCGUAUCCUUGUGAAACGUGAUGAAUUGACGUUAGAAGGGAUAAAACAAUUCUUUGUUGCUGUAGAACGAGAAGAAUGGAAAUUCGACACACUAUGUGACUUAUACGAUACAUUAACGAUAACACAAGCAGUGAUAUUUUGUAACACGAAACGUAAAGUGGACUGGUUGACGGAAAAGAUGCGAGAGGCGAACUUUACUGUGUGUUCCAUGCACGGAGAUAUGCCACAGAAGGAGCGAGACAACAUAAUGAAAGAAUUUCGGUCCGGUGCAAGUCGCGUAUUAAUUACAACUGAUGUAUGGGCGAGAGGAAUCGACGUUCAACAAGUUUCCCUCGUAAUUAAUUAUGAUCUGCCGAACAAUCGUGAAUUGUAUAUUCACAGAAUAGGCCGAUCAGGACGUUUCGGUCGCAAAGGUGUAUCCAUCAACUUUGUGAAGACCGAUGAUAUAAGGAUUCUGCGAGAUAUCGAACAGUAUUACUCGACGCAGAUCGACGAAAUGCCGAUGAAUGUAGCGGAUUUAAUAUAAAUACAAAUUAUCUAUGACUACACGCCAAAUAUAUUAAAUAUAAUAGUUUCUCUGAUA